GGAUUUAAGAAUUGUGAUGAUCAUGUGUAGGGCACAAAAAUUGGGUGAUUAGAAGGCGUGGAAGAAUCUGGAGAUAUGAGUGAAAAUGGAGAUGAAGCAAAGUUAGAAACAAACAUGGAAAAAAAGAGUGCAAUGGAGAAGAGAAUUACAAAAACAUUGAACUUAAUAUGAGUGAAAAUGAAGUUAUUGAAAAAGAGAUCAUGUGUGUGGCUGGGUAUAAAUUUGAAUUGGCCGAGACACAGUAUGAUGAAAUUGUACUGGUUGAGUUGGAUGUUAUAGAGACAAAUACUGUGGAAUCCAAACACAAUGAGAAAGAGGUUGUUACAAAUGAUGAGAUGAAGCAAGUAAAUGAGAUAGGUCUUGUGGAUGCUGUGAUGGAAGAUGAAGUUGGGGUCACUCAUGUGGGUGGCGUGCACACAAUGAAUAAUAAGACAUGGCCGUAUGAUUUGUUUAUGGAUCAAGAGUGGUUGGAAACAUUGCACAUUGAGGUUGGAAUGUUCUAUUUGGAAGUGAAAAGGUUCCACUACAAGCUUAACCAAAGGGAGAACUGUGGCAUGUUUGUGUUGAAGAUUGCAGAAUAUCUAAUGAUGGGCAGAAAAAUCAACAAGGUGUGCACGGAGGACAUGACUGCUUAUAGAGUGAAGAUGGCUACAGAAUUGUACAAGUAUACUGAGUCCAAAAAACUAGUUUGAAAAUCAGUGGUGAAACACAAAACUAGUUUAUGAUCCGCCAUUGAAAUGUUUUUUGGUAAUGUUAAGUUUAUGCUGUGAAACUUAGGGUCUUGAACUGUGUUUUUUGUAUAUUACAAGACAAAUAUGUUACAUGACAAAGAUUGUCACAUGGUCAUGAAUGUUUUGAGCGAUGGUUGACGCUGUUAAGUGCUUGUUUAAUAAGAAGUGUUGUUACAU